AUGGAAGAGAAGGAUAUGUUUUAUGACUUACUCAGUGACAGAAUAGCCAAGGCACCUAGCACCGAGACACUGUAUAUUCUAGGGGACUUUAAUGGUAGAGUUGGAUCAGAUAACGACAUAUGGCCGAAUUGCCUGGGACAUCAUGGGGUGCGAAAAAUGAAUGAAAAUGGCCAGAGACUGCUUAAAGUUUGCUGCUUUUAUGGACUCUGUAUCACGAACACAUAUUUCCAGCUUACGGAUCAGCACAAGGUGUCUUGGAGACACCCGCACUCUCAUCACUGGCAUCAACUUGACUAUGUCAUAGCUAGGCGUACUGGUCUCAAAAAUGUGCUACUGAUACGAAGUUAUCAUAGUGCUGAUUGCAACACAGACCGCGCCUUAGUGGUGUGCACAUUGGGGCUCACUUCUAAGAAAUGUCACCACGCUAAACCGAGAGGUCAUCCCCGUACCAACACAGAUCAUGUUCAUGACACACAAAGAAAGCAGGAUUUUGCCAGUAAUUUUGAAAGUGCUUUCCCAGGAAACGUGCAAGCAGAAAGGAAUGUUGAUAAGAAAUGGGUAAAACUCUCGGGUGCAAUCUACAACUCAGCAGUAUUGGCCUAUGGAAUAAAAGGAAAAAGAAAUAAGGACUGGUACGAGCAAAAUUUGGAAGAAAUGGAACCAGUCACUCAGGCUAAACGGAAAGCCCUGCUUGCUUACAAAAGAAACCCAAAUGAAAGAACUCGAGAUGACCUACGAAAAGCAAAGAACAGGGCACAGCAAACAUCCAGGAGAUGCGCAAAUUACUACUGGCUGAAUUUAUGUGCAGGUAUACAGAAAGCGGCCGACUCUGGGAAUGCUAAGGCAAUGUACGAUGGUAUUAAGAAAGCAAUUGGACCAACUGUCAGAAAAACAGCUCCUCUGAAGCCCAAGCCAGGUGAAGUCAUUACUGAUGAAUGCAAACAAAUGGAACGCUGGGUUGAACACUACCUCGAGUUUUAUGCAGCCGAGAAUGAAGUUAGCAAGGAUGCAUGUGACGCCAUCAAACAAAUGCCAGUUAUGGAAGAACUAGAUGCAAUGCCUACUAUGGAAGAACUUAGUAGAGAAAUAGAUUCUCUUGCUAAUGGAAAGGCCCCAGUUGAAGAUGGGAUCCCUGCAGGGGUUAUUAAGUAUAACAAGUCUGUUCGUCUCAAACAUUUAUAUUCACUCAUCACAACCAGCUGGGAAGAGGGGUAA